AUGGGUAUCCGAGAGAGACUAGUUGCAUUCUAUCAGAAGCACAACCCCGCAAAGUUAUGCGAGGUGGACUCACUCCUGGAAGCAUUUGCUGGUAGAGAGGAGACGAUGUUUGCUGCGUUGCGAAUGAAGUAUGAGGAGUCGGAUGUUACAGACGGUGUUGAGGCGACAUCCAGGGCGAGAAACGUAAACAUUGAACCGGGUAUGUCUGAAACAGAGUCGAAUACCGUUUGCGCUGAGAUGCAGGAUCUGCUGCGAGACAUGGAGUCCGUUGAUUUGCGCCGGCUAUUGGAUCAGCUGAGCGGGCGGGCUAUCGUGGAGGGGGAUCUUCUCGUCCAUGCGAUGAGGUUCAUGCAACACUUCACCACGUGCGCCCACCGAUUUCAGGAUUUGAGUGGGACAAUUUUGAAUAGGACGGCAACUGCAACACAAAACACAACGGCGGGGGCUGCGGUCCCCUUAAAAAGAACUGCAGGGGAAAGUGUGGCAACGCAAACAGAAAGCACAUCUCCUGGAAGGUGUGACGCGGCUGUUCAUGCGGUGAGGGUAGAGACGGUGUCUACGGGAACGCAAACAGACAUGGAUGGUGAAAGACUCCGUGAUGUAUCUUUCAAAGAUAUGAACCCCACAAACAACUCGCAUUUUUUGCGGGCGCAGAUGCCACCGACAGAAUGCAGCUCUGUGAGGCCUAACGAUGAAGUGCGGGCAGCGGUGGCGCCGGCAGCAUUAAAAAUGGAUAAACAAUUGAACCAGCAUCGCUCGAUUGGUAUGGUGCACAAAUUGAAGCCGGACAAGCAUAAGAGGGCUGCAGUUAUUGGUGCACUUCUGACAAAAGGCGGGCUUGCAGAUACAGACUCCGUCACUCUGGAACCGGGCGUGUACCAUGAAAAUCUGUGCUUCCUGAACAGCGGCGAUGUGGAGCUGGUUGCUGUCUUCCCUGGUGCGCCGGUUAUUAUUAGGCCACUGAGUAAUCUGGAGCCUAUCAUCCGGGCAGCAGGCAGAAAGACGCGGUUGCGGCUCAGUGGUGUGGUGUUGGUGGAAAACGACACAUUGGGGAAGAUGCAUGUGGAUGUAUCCGCGCCAAAUUGCCCGCUGGUUGCCGUGGCAGAUGGCGCGCAUGUAGAAUUUCACGGCUGUCACUUCUACCAGGGAAGCUGUGCAGUGGAGGCUGUGGGUUUGCACACAGAUAUCCGUCUGCAUCUCUCAUUAAUUUCCUCCUGCACAUUUGCGGGCGUAUUUUUGCGCCAUGGCGCAAAGGCAGUUAUGACGCAGUGUAAAGUGACGCUCUGUGAAGCAGGGGUUCGGGUGGCGAGUAAGUCCUCCAUGCAUGCAAGGGAGACUGUGCUGGAAGAGAACACUACGGAUGGCAUUGUUGGAUACGAGGGUGCAGAAGGGACGUUGGAGCGAUCCAGUGUGCUGCGAAACGGUGGCAACGGAAUAUUUCUAUCACCUGGCUCCAAUUUCAUGGUGACCGAAUCGACAGUGGAGUUGAACGGUCUAUACGGCAUCCAGCGACUGCAGAGCUCCGUGCUGCGCCUGCGAGACAGUGUCGUGCGCGAUAAUGGUCUUCUCCCUAUCAACCAUACCGAUGAGAAAGUGUCUUUGUGA